GCUUUGGCCGGUCGUGUCGAAGCACGUGGUUGUAAGGUAGUGAUCGCGCUGACGGCAGCUCUGAGCGAGCGGUCGGCGGGAGCGCUGGGGAUGCCGGGCGUGGCGGAGGCGGACGUGACGCUGCGGUUCUUCGCCAAAGCCCGGGAGCUGGUGGGGUCACCACAGGCGUCCGUCUCCUUGCCGGCCGAGUGCAGCUUCUCGGUGCUGAAGGUGCUGCUGCUGAAGGCCUUCCCGCAGCUCGCCGUCCUGCAGGACACGUUCAUUUUGGCGGUGAAUCAGCAGUACCUGGGCGCCGGCGACUCCAUUACCCUCCGAGACGGAGACGAGCUGGCCGUCAUCCCGCCCAUCAGCGGAGGAUAGUGACCUCUGUCGCCAUGGACAUUGUUCGUCUCACCGCCGACCCGCUGUCUUUGGACGCGAUCUGUCGAGAGGUGGGCAGCGAUGAUUGUGGCGCCAUCUCCACGUUCAGCGGUACAACUCGCAACUCGUUCGAUGACCGCGAGGUGGUACGGCUGGAGUACGAGGCCUACGAGGAGAUGGCUCUCAGCGAGAUGAAAAAGGUCUGCUUCUCGCUCAGGGAGAAGUGGAGUGUGAAGCAUAUCGCCAUCUAUCACAGGCUGGGCCUGGUGCCGGUCGGCGAAUCGUCGGUGGUUAUAGCCGUCAGCUCGUGCCACCGCCGCGACUCGCUGGAGGCGGUCGCCUUCGCCAUCGAGCAGCUGAAGGCGCGCGUGCCCAUCUGGAAACGCGAGGUGUACGGCAGCGGGGACGCGCAGUGGAAACAGAACGCAGAGUGCCACUGGACGCAGCACGCCAAAGGCAGCUAAGGAGACCCCGACUGGCCAGAGGGCGCCGCUGCAGACAGCAGCACACCGAGGGCAGCUAAGGAGGCCCCCGGCCGGGCAGAGGGCGCCGCUGCUGACAGCAGCACGCCGAGGGCAGCUAAGGAGGCCCCCGACCGGGCAGAGGGCGCCGCUGCAGACGGCAGCACGCCGGGGGCAGCUGAGGAGGCCCCCGGCCGGGCAGAGGCGCCGCUGGGGACGGCAGCAUGCCAGGGUUGGCAGAUGUGACCCUCGGCCGGCUAGAGGACGCCGCUGGGGACGGCAGCAUGCCAGGGUUGACAGAUGUGACCCUCGGCCGGCUAGAGGACGCCGCUGGGGACGGCAGCAUGCCAGGGGUAGCAGAUGUGACCCUCGGCCGGCUAGAGGACGCCGCUGGGGACGGCAGCAUGCCAGGGGUAGAUGUAACCCUCGGCCGGCUAGAGGACGCCGCUGGGGACGGCAGCAUGCCGGGGGUAGCGGAAGGCUGUCAGGUUGGACGCAGUAUCUUCCGCUGGGUAUAUCUAGGGGGCUGGUGCGCAUGCGUAUGGGGCCGAGAAGGUGACCAGUGCAAUGUGUAUUUGUCAGGGCCGGUAUGGUGCUUCACGAUUGCCAAACAUGGCAGUGUUGGUAGUUACGAGUACACGCAUGAAUAUGUAUAACGAUGUCGAUGUGGAUCGCAUCUCAGCACAAUUGGCUCGUGUGGGCAUGGCCACGUACAGUUCGAUCCUGCUUGUUGAAAUGGCUAGGACACAUGCGUUUUAUGCAUUUUUCGACAUGUUUACUCGCUGAGAUAUAUGCCAUUAUGCCUUUUAAGGAUAUACCCACGUGUACUAUGCGGUCUUCACGUAAUCAUGUGUAUGUAUAUACACUGAGGUUAUGGAACCGUUUGGCCACGUGUUUUGCAUGCAUCCGGGGUGUAGAUUGGUCGUUGCAAACAUUGGCUUACCCUCGAACAUCUUCCAUCACAGUAAGGUUGCCAUAUUAUCUGUGCCAUGACAAAUGCUAUAAAUGUUGCUGAUGCACACCCUGCAGAAGCUACGCGCUAAUGAUGGAACGAAUGGGUGGACUUGUACGAACUCCCAAGGUACGUAAAACUAAUACAAUCAGUAAACCGCU